AAUUUCAUCCCCCCUUUAAAAAGAGAUUAUUAGAGUGGCCAUAAUAGCAUGAUCAAAAAUGGAGAUCCUGUAUCAAAUACUUACUGCUGGUUUUUCAUUAGUGGCGUUGACAUACAUAUUGAAAUUACUAAAUUGGGCAUAUUUCAGACCAAAAUGGCUGGAAAAAGCCUUGAGAGAGCAGGGCUUAAAGGGUAAUUCGUAUAAGCUGGUGUAUGGUGACAUGAAGGAGAUUGUGAAGACGAUGGAUGAAGCCUACUCCAAGCCCAUCAAUCUUGACGAUGAUAUCAAGCCAAGAGUUGUCUCUUUCUUCAUCAAAACCAUUCAAAAACAUGGAAAUGAGUGCUUUUUCUGGCUAGGCUCAAAUCCUUCAGUUGUAGUGACGGAGGCUGAGCUAGUGAAGGAGGUGCUAACCAAGACUGAUAUCUACCUGAAGCAGCAGACCCCCAACCCACUGGCUAAGCUGCUUGCGCUCGGCGUCUUUACCUACGACAAACAAAAAUGGUCCAAACACAGGAAAAUCAUCAAUCCCGCUUUCCACCUCCACAAAGUGAAGCUCAUGGUUCCGGCCUUCUACUUGAGCUGCGAAGAAGUGUUGAACCGAUGGGAAAAGAGGGUUUCGGGUGAAGGAUGCAGCGAGGUGGAUGUGUGGCCUUAUUUACAGAACUUAACAAGCGAUGCGAUAUCAAGAACUGCGUUCGGUAGCAGCUAUGAGCAGGGGAGACGAAUAUUCGACCUUCAGAGAGAGCAAGCUGAAUACGUCGUGGCGGCUCAACGCUCUAUAUACAUCCCAGGAUGGAGAUUCGUGCCGACAAAAAGGAACAAGAGAAUGUACGAAAUCGAGAGGGAAAUUCAGUCGUUGAUUCGGCGGCUGAUCGAGGGGAGGAUGAAGGCGAUGAAAGGAGGGGAAGCUUGUGAGGAGGACUUACUAGGGAUCUUGUUGGAGUCCAAUUUGCGUGAGAUGGAAGAAGGAGGCCACAAGAGUUUCGGAAUGAGUAAUGAAGAAGUAGUGGAAGAGUGCAAGCUCUUCUAUUUUGCAGGGCAGGAGACCACCUCAGUGCUGCUUGUGUGGACGAUGGUUUUGCUGAGUAGGUAUCCAGAAUGGCAGACCAAAGCCAGGGAUGAAGUCUUGCAAGUCUUUGCUAACCGAACACCACAUUUUGAUGGUCUCAAUCACCUCAAGAUUGUUACAAUGAUUCUGUACGAGGUGAUGAGGCUUUAUCCACCGGUAGUCUCUCUUGGUCGGGGCGUUGGCGAAGAAACCAAGCUAGGGAAAGUGAGAUUGCCGGCGGGAGUUCAGGUUACACUGCCGACGAUCAUACUCCAUCACGACCGGGAAAUCUGGGGCGACGAUGCGAUGGAGUUCAAUCCGCAGAGAUUCGGCGAAGGGGUGUCGAAGGCGCAGAAGAAGCAGGGAAUAUUCUUCCCGUUUGGGUGGGGCCCGCGCAUCUGUGUCGGGCAAAUGUUCGCGAUGGUGGAGGCCAAAGUGGCCAUGGCUAUGAUUCUGCAACGCUUCGCCUUUGAGCUCUCGCCUUCGUAUACGCACGCUCCUUGCACUGUCAUUACUGCUCAGCCUCAGCAUGGGGCUCACUUUCUUCUGCACAAGCUCUAGAUUUUCAGAUUGAUUGGAUGAAAUAUAUAAGAUUAUACAUAUUAUACUGUUGUAGCUCUGUGUUUUAGAUAAAUUAUCUAUUGUUUAUUAUGAAAUGAUGACAAAUAAUUUCACCGCUAGUUUGUUUUGCA